UUUGGGGAAAAAGUGGGGCGAGCGAGCGAGCCGGUUUUGCUAAUCCGGUGGGCCGCGGCCCGCUGGCACGCACGCGGGAGCCCGCUGACUUUCCCGCGACAUGCGAGAUGCCGCCGCACUGGAGCUCCACGCCGGGGCGCCGCGGACGGCGCUGGCCGCCGCCGCCGACCACUGCGCGCGCCUCCUGCGGCUGUGCGGCGCGGCCGCCAACCCGGGCGCCGGGCGCGCCGUCCACGCGCGCGCCGUCAAGGCCGGCCUCCUCGCCAGCGCCUACCUCUGCAACAACCUCCUCUCCUACUACGCCGCCGCCGCCGGCGGCCUCCGGGAGGCGCGGCGCCUGUUCGACGAGGUCCCCGCGGCGCAGCGGAACGUGUUCACCUGGAACUCGCUGCUGUCGACCUACGCCAAGUCGGGCCGCCUGGCCGACGCGCGCGCCGUGUUCGCGGAAAUGCCCGAGCGCGACGCCGUGUCGUGGACCGUCAUGGUCGUGGGGCUCAACCGCGCCCGCCGCUUCGGGGAGGCCGUCGAGGCGUUCCUGGACAUGGUCGGGGACGGGCUGGCGCCGACGCAGUUCACGCUCACCAACGUGCUCUCGUCGUGCGCGGCCGCGGAGGCCGGCGGGGCCGGGCGGAGGGUGCACUCCUUCGUCGUCAAGCUCGGCCUGGGCGGCUGCGUGCCUGUGGCUAACUCGGUGCUCAACAUGUACGGCAAGUGCGGGGACGCCGAGACGGCGAGGGCCGUGUUCGAACAGAUGCCGGCGCGGAGCGUGUCGAGCUGGAACGCCAUGGUGUCGCUCGACGCGCGUCUGGGGAGGAUGGACCUUGCUUUGUCCUUGUUCGAGAGCAUGCCGGACCGGACCAUCGUCUCAUGGAACGCGGUCAUCACGGGGUACAACCAGAAUGGGUUUGACGCCAAGGCACUGUGGUUCUUCUCGCGGAUGCUGCGGGAUUCUUCUUCCAUGGUGCCGGAUGAAUUCACAAUCACCAGUGUCCUGUCAGCUUGCGCCAACCUUCGCAUGGUGAGCCUUGGAAAGCAGGUGCACGCAUACAUCUUAAGGAGCGGAAUGCCGUGCGUCGGUCAGGUCACCAAUGCCCUCAUCUCAAUGUAUGCCAAGUCCGGCAGCGUUGAGAAUGCCAGGGGGGUGAUGGACCAGGCAGUGGUGGCCGAUCUGAAUGUGAUAUCCUUCACCGCUCUCCUGGAAGGCUAUGUCAAGCUUGGAGAUAUGAAGCGUGCAAGGGAGAUCUUCGAUAUCAUGAGCAACAGAGAUGUCGUCGCCUGGACUGCGAUGAUCGUCGGCUAUGAGCAGAAUGGUUACAACGACGAGGCCAUGGAGCUCUUCAGGUCAAUGAUCAGAAGCGGACCAGACCCAAACAGCUAUACGCUCGCUGCUGUUCUUAGCGUCUGCGCGAGCCUGGCAUGUCUUGACUACGGCAAGCAGAUCCACUGUAAGGCCGUCAGGUCACUGCAGGAGCAAUCCAGCUCCGUCAGCAACGCCAUCGUCACCAUGUACGCGAGGUCAGGCAGCCUGCCAUUGGCGAGGAGGGUGUUUGAUCGGGUCCGCUGGCGCAAGGAGACGGUGACAUGGACGUCGAUGAUCGUAGCCUUGGCGCAGCAUGGCCUGGGAGGAGACGCCAUUGGCCUGUUUGAAGAAAUGCUCCGCGUCGGCGUGAAGCCGGACCGAAUAACCUAUGUCGGCGUGCUCUCAGCGUGCACCCAUGCUGGCUUUGUGGACCAAGGGAGGAUGUACUACCAGCAGAUGCAUGACAAGCAUGGCAUCGUGCCUGAGAUGAGCCACUACGCGUGCAUGGUGGACCUGCUCGCCCGCAGUGGCCUGCUCUCCGAAGCUCAGGAGUUCAUCCGGCAAAUGCCCGUGGAGCCCGACGCAAUCGCCUGGGGGGCGCUGCUCUCGGCCUGCAGGGUGCACAAGGACGCGGACCUGGCGGAGCUCGCGGCAGAGAAGCUGCUGUCGAUUGACCCUGGCAACAGCGGUGCUUACUCUGCCCUCUGCAACGUCUACGCCGCCUGCGGGAGGUGGGGCGACGCGGCAAAGACCUGGAAGCGGAGGAAGGACGGGGCCGUGAGGAAGGAGACGGGGUUCAGCUGGACGCACGUGCGCGGCAGGGUCCACGUCUUCGGGGCAGAUGAUGCCCUGCACCCGCAGAGGGAGGCGGUGUACGGGAUGGCGGCCAGGGUCUGGGCGGACAUCAAGAGGGCCGGGUUCGUGCCAGACCCCCAGUCGGUCCUGCACGAUGUCGAUGACGAGCUCAAGGAGGAGAUGCUGAGCCGGCACAGCGAGAAGCUCGCUAUCGCGUUCGGCCUCCUGGCCACGCCGGAGGGGACGACUCUGCGGGUCAUGAAGAACCUGCGGGUGUGCAACGACUGCCAUACAGCCAUCAAGUUCAUCUCCAAGGUUGCGGACAGGGAGAUCAUCCUGCGGGACGCCACUAGGUUUCACCAUUUCAGGGAUGGGUUGUGCUCGUGCAAAGAUUAUUGGUAGAAAACCUUUUGGUAAUUUGGUUCCCAGGGAAGGAGGAAUUUAUUUUUGUUUGUUGGUUCAUUCCGGCAGAUCUAACCGCUCCGCAACAAGGGCCAGGUCUAUGAUGCAUACAUGUCAUCACACUGCAGUAUUCCAGAUGGAUCACCUGGCCCAAAUGGGUUCCAGCUAAAUUUUACCAAAACUUCUGGGAACUCAGAUGUUCUGAAGAAUGGACGGGACUAUGUUAAAUUUAGAAGAACCUUAUGCGGGGGGUGAUACUCUGACUCUUUGGGAGAGUAUUCAGGAACCUUGUGCAAGAACGGAGCUUUAGGGGCGAGUGAUGAUACAGUCGAGUGGUCAACCACUGCUAAUGGGAUGUUUUCUGCCAAAUGCAUGUACGGAGCUUUAGGGGCGCACGAGUUCCUCUGGAAAGUCAAAUGCCGAUGAAAAUCAUAGUCUCUCUGUGGAAUAGCAGCAUGCUAAGGACAAUUUGCUGCACUGAGGAUGGCGUGGAGAUGGGUUCUGCCAGUUCUGCGGCUCCUGUAUAGCAUAAUGAAAUGUGCCUUUGGCUUUCGCCAAGUUCCUGAUGCUGUGAGUGAACUCUUUGAUUUCUGGCUCCCCAGAUUUAAGCAGGAACAGAAACUGAUUGUGGUUGAUGUGCCGUCUGUUUUGUGGACGAUUUGGAAAUGCCGGGAUAGUGCUUGCCUUGAGAAUAAAACAGGUGAAUCGCGAGACGCUAACCCAGGGAGUAAAGCCAUUCAAGCAAAUAGCAAAUGAGGUGGCUGGCGCGCCGUUAGGAUGAUCACUGCUGGGACUUCACAAGGAGGAUGGAAGAUUUAAAUGCACCUUCUAUUGUGUGUUGUUCACUUUCCUGGAAGUUUCAUCGGGUCUGUAACCCUGUAGGCUGAGGAGCAAAAGGAGAAAUCCGCCCAAGGAGGGGCUCGCGUCUGAUUAGCCAGUUGGUGAGGUAAUAGCUUACCAAGGCGAUGAUCAGUAGCAAGUGCUUUGAGUCCAGUCCAGGGUUGGCGGGGUUUGUUUUGCCUCUAAAGUGUUUAAUACAUUUGGUUUCAUAUAUAUAUAAUCGGAGAGGAAGCUCUCUUUCUUCAAAAA